AAAAUUUCAAAUUUAUUGCAAAAAAUUUCAAACCCGAAUAUUGCGUUCCAACUGCAAAACAAAAUAUAUCCAAUUCUUUCACACUGCAAAAUUUGAAGAAAAAUCAUGAAUUUGAGUUUUUCUCGUUCUCACCGAUCUGUUUUUUGCAGUUUGUGUUUGUAACUGAAAAUGAUGCCUCGUCCCAUGUUUCUUAUUUUUCUGCUGCUUAUGAUUGUAAUCACUUCUCAGUUUGAGUGGAAACAACAACUUGUGGUUGAUGUUGAUUCAAGUUCUAGCAUAUCUCAAAAGCAGCAAAGGAUUUCAAAAGGGGUAGAAACUGUAAAGGAAAAGAUUAUUUUAGUGCAAGAGAAAAAUAUUCGAAGAUUGAAUGAGGUUGUUAGGCAUCUCCAGGAACAACUACAACAAUGUAGAAGCAAUCAUAAUGUUACAGCAAAUGGCACUGUAAGCAUAUACUAGAGACCAAGCGGCGUCAAGUUUUAGAGGAUUUAAUCAAAGACAGUAAAUAUAUUAAACAACGGUAAUCUUUAUGCUCCUGUUGUAAAGCCGUUUUCUAAAGUUAUUUGAAAGGAAAUAUUAUAAAAAAACUUCUCACCCUUGUAUAUCAGGAAUUAUUAUUAUUAUUAUUUCCAUUUUCAUUUUAGUACAAAUCCAACAUCAAUGAAAUGGAAUUUUUUAGGUGUUUGAAUGUUGAGUUAUAACCUACCAACAGUAACAAGAGCAUUUGUGUCA